GCGAUUUGAUAUGACGUACUAUACUUUUAUCCUUAGAUGGUAUGAAGGUAUAUUAGAGCUCGAUGUGAGCUGCAUUCUGGAUAGGGUUUCUUGUCCAUGCCGGGCGAAUGUUGCUUCACCUGGGUCGAGACAUUUCUACCGGCGACGCACGCGCUGCUUGACGAGCUUACAUCUACACUAUACGACAGAGGCGUUAACCGACCCAAUCUAGGCAAUCACAUCACAUUCACCCUCGAUGCCUAGGUUUCCCAAGCAAGAUCCGGGAAUGGAAGAAGCGCCGGAACCAAUAGAAGCAGAGCAGCAGGCUGAGCCGGAUGAGCAUACGCGGUUGCUGCCAAACCGAUUUGACUCAGACCGGGGCCUGCUGGCGCCAGACGACCCAGCGGUGUCGCCUUACAACCUCUGGAGCAUCCGGUUUCUCCAAUACUUGACUGUCGGGUUCACCUUUGCCACGCUGGUAUGGUGGAUCCUGAUGCUGGUGUCGUCGUUUGCGACACCCCCCGGUUUCCAGACACGGGGCAGCGGGUUCUUGGCGUUCGGGUUCGCGAGCCUAACGCUGGUGAAUACGGUCUUGACCUUGGUAUUCUUCAGUGUGCCAGCCAAGCCCGUUAGAGUGUUGGCCAUCUUCAUGUCGGCGAUACUGGUCCUCGACAUGGUCCUUGUCUUGUCUGUCCAGAUGACCCGGUAUGAGGAGGGCUGGGUUGGAGCUGUGAGUGUUAUCUGGGCGCUGCUCAUGAGUCUCUGGGCCCUCAUGACAGACCACAUUGUAAAAUGGGGCAAGGCCGAGGAGGAAGAACGACUGACGGGCCGCGCUGAAACGAGGCGAACAUUGCUGGAGUGGUCCUCUGUGAUGCUGUCCACGGUGGGAUAUGCUAUCAUGUGUGCCGCCUUGUUCCUCAUCACUCUGAACAUCAUCCUACGAGCUCUCGACGCAGCUGUGCCGCCCCCUGGAAAGCUGUACUGGGUCGACAACACCAAGUACCGGGUCCACGUGUACUGCCACGGAAACAAGAGCCACAGCGUCCCUACGGUGCUCUUCGAGGGAGGCGAAGACACUGUCGAGCAUCAACUCUGGGACUUUGCCGACAACGGCCUCAAGAAUGGAUCCUUCCCGCGGUACUGCUUCGUGGACCGGCCUGGGUUUGGCUGGUCGGACACGGCCCCCUCGCCCUCGUCUGCUGGGUUUGUGGUGGACGCCGUGAGCGAGGCGCUGGCAAAGGCAGGCGAGAAGGGGCCCUGGGUGUUGGCGAGCGGCGGAAUUGGAUCCAUCUACUCGCGCAUUUUUUCAACCCGUCAUGGAGACGCUGUGAAGGGUCUCAUGCUGAUUGAUCCGCUGCACGAGGAUUUCCUCAACGAAGUCGGUGCGUCGGGACGAGGGUUCCUGCUCUGGUUCCGGGGCGCCAUCUCCCCGCUCGGCCUCGACCGGGUCCCGGGCGCCGUCUUCCGGGGCCGGACCAGCCGGGACCGAGUGUACGGGCGCGCGGCUUGGCAGAGCGGCAAGUACAUCCUGGCGCAGCUCCAGGAGAACCUGGUGGCGGGGUCGUUCACGCGGCGCGACGUGGAGGGCAGCCGGGGCAUCCAGGACAAGGACACGCCGCUGGUGGUCAUCAGCUCCGGGGAUCAUAUCAAGCAUAGCAGCAAGUGGGAGCAGAAGCAGCGCGACUUGACGAAGCUGACGAACAAGCUGCGGAGCUGGGACAUUGUGGACGGAGCGCCGCACGAGGUGUGGAGCACGUUUGACGGGCGUCAGAAGAUGGAGAAGAGGCUGAAGGACUUGGUGCAUGCGUGAGCGUGAGCGUGAGCAGAGCCGAGGCAGAAGCGAGAAUGCGAACAUGAGGAUGGUGGAUAAUAUCAGCGGAAUCUGCCAGGAAGGGGGUGAACAUGUUGAAGGCAGUACGUAAAAAGCAGGGUGGUAGCGGUAUGUUGUGCUGGUGUCUAAUAAAUUUAUUUUCCUCACAAAUCACUUGAGGGAGG